CAUACAAGAAAUACUAAUAACAAGUAAGUCUCGAAACACAAUGAUCACGUUGUGAGCCAAAUGGCUUCAAAACACACCGCAGCGCUAUCUAUGAACGAUUUUAAUAACUGCUCUUUCAUUCCCAAAAUCAGUUUCCUGUACAUCUCAACUCAGCGGUAGAAUAUUUUCCAAAUUUUGCUUACAAAUUUUGUGUUGUCAUGGCGAGAGGUAGCAGUGCCGGUUUUGAUAGACAUAUUACUAUAUUUUCGCCUGAAGGGCGUUUAUAUCAAGUUGAAUAUGCUUUUAAAGCAAUCAAUCAAGGAGGUUUAACUUCUAUUGGUCUUAAAGGCAAAGAUGUUGCUGUUUUGGUUACCCAAAAGAAAGUACCUGAUAAACUUUUGGACCCAACUUCAAUUACUCAUAUGUAUGCUGUAACGGACGAUAUUGGAGCUGUUAUGACAGGAUUAGUUGCUGAUGGGCAGUUUCAAAUGAUGAGAGCUCGAUACGAAGCAUCGAAUUAUCAAUAUAAGUUUGGUCACCCAGUACAAGCUCACAUGCUUUGUAAGCGGAUUGCAGAUUUAUCGCAAAUAUACACCCAAAAUGCUGAGAUGAGGCCUCUAGGGUGUAGCAUGAUGCUUAUUGCUUAUGAUAAAACGCAAGGUCCACAAUUAUAUAAAGCUGAUCCGGCAGGAUAUUACUGUGGCUACCGAGCUACAAGUGUUGGUGUUAAACAAACUGAAGCAAACAGCUACUUAGAGAAAAAGUUUAAGAAAAAGACAACUUAUGAAGGAAAUGAAGCUAUACAGUUGGCAAUUUCUGCUCUUGCCAAUGUAUUAUCUGCUGAAUUCAAGCCUACUGAACUUGAAGUUGGUGUUGUUACAACUGAGAGCCAAAAGUUUAGGAAAUUGACUGAAAAAGAAAUUGAGGAACACUUAACCGCCAUAGCCGAAAAAGACUAGUGUUGGAAUGUGCUAACUUUAUGAAUAUUUGUCCUUUUUAUUUUAAUGAAAUAAAUAAACUUUCUAUAAAAAUGA